CGGAAAAGUACUGGGAACUGGGAAGCUUCUACAAACUGUUUUUUGGGGUCUUUUUAGUGGACACAAAUUUGGGUUUUGUAGGAUUCAAUUGGGGUCUGCGAGGUGACAUUUGGGAGUUUUAAUACUGAGAAAUAAAAAAACAGACAUACUGUAAAGUAUGAAGAGGAUAGUGGAGAACAUAAGAAAGGGUAUAGACAAGCUGUUUGAGUAGGGGGAUUACUUGCAAAGGAAAGUGAAAUGAUUCACUAGGGAAGAAAGAAUGCGGGGAGACUAUUAGAAUAAAGGACCCUGUGUGAAAAAGAGGAAUCAGGACGGAAGAACCUGUGCGAAGAUGUGUCAAAGUCUCUAAAUAUGGCAGGAUGGGGUUGAGAGAGCACUUUGAAAAGCGUGCAGUAUCCUAGGCUUCAUUAAUAGGAACAUAGAAUACAAGAUGAACAAGGUUGCAUACCCGGGCCUGCACUGAUUGGAAUUUGGAAGAAUGAGAGAUGAUGUUAUUGAAAUGUAUGAAAUCCUAAGAGAAAUUAACAGGGAGAAUGUGGAAAGAUGGUUUCCCCUUGUCAGAGAGUCCAGGACCAAUGGGCAUAAUCUAAGACUAAGUGGCCACUCAUUUAAGAUAUAAAGGAAGAAUUUCCUCUUUGAGAUCCCCCUCUUUCUUCUGACGUGCAGCGAAUACAAUCCUGAUCGAUUCAAUUCUUCUUUAUAUGUCAGUCCAGUGAUCCCAGAAGUCCAUUUGAUAAACCCUCAUUGCAUUCCCUUUAUAGCAAGAACAUCCUUCCUCGGGUAAGCAAACCAAAAUUGUGCACAGUAUUCUGAGCGUGGCCCCACCAACUCCGUAUAAUGAUUGCAGCAAGAUAUCCUUAUUCAUGUAUUCAAAUCCUCUUGCUACGAAGGCCAACAUAGAUAGCCAGAGACUUUUCCCCAGGGCAGGACUGACUGCCAUGAGGGGGUCAUAGUUUUAAGGUGUUAGGAGGAAGGUAUAGAGGAGAUGUCAGAGGGAGGUUCUUCACCCAGAGGGUUGUGAGCGCAUGGAAUACUUUGCCAGUGGUAGUCGUGGAAGCAGAGUCAUUAGUGACAUUUAAGCGACUGCUGGACAUGCACAUGGACAGCAGUGAAUUGAGGGAAAUGUAGGUUAUUUUAUUUUUGGAUUAGGAUCAUUCCACGGCACAAUAUCGUGGGCCGAAGGGCCUGUACUGUGCUGUACUUUUCUAUGUUCUAUGUUCUUUACCUUCUUUACCAAAUAAAAUCUGAAAGUAGUGCAGAUGCUGUAAAUCAGGAAGAAAAACAAGUGUCAGUGAAAAGGCUCAGCAAGUCCUGCAUCAUCUGUGAAGGAAUAAACAGGUUAACGUUCGGGUCCUUCCUCGGAAAUGAGGGCUAAUUCUGUUUAUUCCUUCAGGGAUGCCACCAGGCCUGUUGAGCUUUUUUACUACCGACUGUAUCUACACAAUUACUUCCAGUAACUGAUGCAUGAGGACACUCAGUCCUGUCGAAUGUUGUCCUCUCUCAACUCACAGCCAUUCAAACAACAAUCUGCCUUCCUAUUUUUGCUACCAAUUGUGAAAACCUCACAUCGAUCCCCAGUAACAGGAAAAAACAGUGUACGUAAAGGCAAACUAUUGCCACUGGCUGGUGAUUCUAGAACGAGAGGCUUUGUCUGAGAAUUAGGACCCGAUCAUUCAGGAGAGAUGUGAGGAAGCAUAUCUACACACAAAGGAUGACAAUGGUUUGGAGCUCUCUAUCACAAACAGCAUUGGAUGCUACACCAGUUCUUAAUGUUAAAUCCAAAGUAGAUUUUUGUUAACCAAGGAUAUUUGGGUAUAGAGGCCGAAAGCAGGUGUACGGAGUUAGGCAGCAGAUCAGCCAUAAUCUCAUUCAGCGAUGAAAUGGGCUUGAGGGGAUGAAUGGCCUACACUUUCUGCUAUGUUUUAACUCUUCUGCACCUGUCAUGCAUUUGCUCCCUCGUUCAGCCUAAGUCACACUUCAGCACCCCUGCAAGCUCCUGACAACUUACCCUUCUAUCGCAGCAAACUUGGAAAUAUUUCUGAUUUCUGAAGAAAGUUCUAGGCCCGAAAAGUCCGCUUUCCUGCUCCUCUGAUGCUGCUUGGCCUGCUGUGUUCAUACAGCUCCACCCCUUGUUGUCUUAAUAUUACAUUUAGUUCCUUCAUCUAAAUCAUUAACGUUAAUUCUUCUCGAAAACAAUGUUUUGGCUCUACCGCUUUCUGCGGCAGAGAUUUCCAAAGGUUCACCCCAUCUCUCCACGUCUUAAUCCGAAAUGGUUUCCAGUCUGGUAAUGACUCUUGCUGAGUUUCAGUGCAGUGAUUUAAACCUUCAUUGGGAUUGAUUAAUUAAUGAAUUAUCUCGAAGGUGGAGGAAGGCAGUUUCGCUGCAAAUUGAGGGUCUCCUUGCCCAUGGAAUGCCGACGCCAAUUUCCAUGACUAAAGCAGCGAUUAACGCCUGAUUCACACAUCGUCCCAGCUAAUCGCCACAGGAGGCUGCUGAACGUUGGGUUUAACUGCACAGGGAGGCUUUCUGCUCCUUUUCUCUGCUGUUCCAGGGUCCCUGCAUUGGACCAACUUUCUCAGAAUUUCCACUUCCAAACCAAGCCAUCUGUGGAGAUGGAGGAUUGCUGCUUCGGACAGGGAGCUGGUGACUGCAGGAGGAGUGCAUUCAACUGCGGCCAGACUCACAUCAGCCCCAGGGAUUUCCGGGGAAGCUCAGACCAACAUGCGGAGGGCGAGCCUUGGAACCCAGCUGGUGCAUCUCUGGGAUCUGAAUAUUCUUCAGGACAAAGAAACUUUGCUGAGACCAGUGACAUGGGCUUUGUGGUCAAAGAAGUAACAACAAGACCCUCUGCAGUUGUGGCCUCCAACACUUCCUCAUCUGAGGCAGACACCCAGGAUGAUUUGGAAAGGCUCAAUGCCCGUGGAGAUACCUGGUUACGUUCUGUAGAGGAGAGGGAACUGACUGAGGAAUCCAUAUCAAGGAAGUACAAAGGUCGGACAAUCUUCAGUGCUGAGCAACUGCGGGUUCUCCAAAAGCGUUUCCAGCUGCAGCGAUAUCUCACUGCAUCAGAGCAGCAAGAGCUGGGAAAUGCGAUAGGACUGACCAGUCAGCAGGUGAAGACGUGGUUUCAGAACCGUCGCAUGAAGGUGAAACGUCUUCUAAAGGAACCAACUGCCAGCCCUCAAAUUAACUUCCUUCAAGCAGGCCUAUCUCAGAAUAACUCUGUAGUUUAUGGGAAACCAAUGGAUAAUAUGAAGCAACAGUUUACCAGCUAUUCACUGUCACAUCUGGUGUCAUCUGACAAGCAAUGGCCCAGCGCAGGUCCUGUAUAUCCAAAUCUGGGCAAGUUCCAAUCCACAUCAGCCUGUCAACUUUUCCAUCAAGAAAGAAGCUAUUUCACUCUCUUCUCGGCCAGAGCUGAAGCCAAUGAAACUCCCAGCGACAUCCUACAGUCACGCCAUCCCAGUGCAACACUUUGAUUUCUCACUGCAGCAAGCCUUGCCUGGGUCUCUGUACCUCCAUCAGGGCCUGCCAUAUGAGGUGAUCAAACCUGCAGGGGAUGAACUUCAUUAUGAAAAAAUUAUGAUUUCCUAGAGCCCAUAUCUGGCUGAAAAAAAUCCUUUUGAUUGCCACAUUCCUAGUAAUAAGUGUCAUUAGGUUACAGAGGUGAGUUCUUGCGAUCCAAAAAGCAGCUCUCUCUGCACAGAGAUGCAUUAAGACCCAGCCCUGCUUUCUUUCAUUGCAGAUCCUGUGGACCGACACUUCCCUUGAUCCUCAGGAACUGUGCUCUGUGUUCUCCGCUAUGUUUGACACUGAUUCCAAAGAUUUCCCAAAGCUUAGUCCAACCAUUCUGAAAGGGAUUGCAUUUAUGUUUUAAUCUAAUUAUAUUUUUACGUUUCUGAAUGAAAUUGCAAAAAGCAAGCUUUUAGGAAAAUCAUUGAAUUUGUAAACAGGUUGUCCUUAUUUUAAAUGUUCUUCUGGUCAGUGAUCAUUGAUUACAGUAGGUCUGGCUGGCUCCUUAUAAUCUGAGAGCUGCCAACAGUGAUUCAUUCCUGCACCCACCAGUGGUGGCCUUCUGACCUUGCAUCUUUGUGUUGGGUAUGAGGAAGUGAGGAAACUCCUAUCAGCUGGCACUGGCUCCAUGGCAUCUCCAGGUGAAUUUCUAUGACUGUGAAACCAUCAUUGUUCCAAUCCAGCCCAUCAUCACUAGGCAGUCUGGCACAGCUUGGGGCAUCUGUUGUAAUAGUCAACUUGAGUCGGAUUUAAAUAUUCCACAUUUUUACAUGUUUCCUGUAUUGUUAACAAGCUGAUGGUUAAAGACUUCAAUAAAGC